AUGUCUCUCAUUAGCGACCCAGAUUAUAUGAUUCACCAGCUACGGCUGACCUAUCUGAGGACGGUAGAAGAUCCAUACGCAAGCCGUCUCCUCUCGUUCAAUCAGCGACAUCUGGAGAACCCAUAUGUGCUUGAAGCAGGACUAGCAGAUCCAGAACGUUGGCCUCAGCUCCUCAUGCCCUCGACUCCAAAGCCCGCGCAGGUAGCACUUUCAGACAGCCCGUUGCUGGCGCGAGCGGUACAGAAUUCGAACAAGGACGACGCUCCACGAUGGAACGGAGCAGGAGGAGGAACAGGUGGCGCUAGUUUAAAGUAUACGACGACAAUCAUGGGACCCACUCGCACCGGAAUGGUUGGCAUGCGCACAAAUGGACGGCGAUCCUCAAACUCGUCCAGCACUGGAGUAGAGAAACGAGCGAGGGGUGAUAGUAAUCCAGUCGUAAACGUACAGGAAGCAUCGGGCCCGAGCAAUAAUGCCCCCGCACAAGAGUUACACAAGGCUGCGGGUACGCAGGAGAUUGACCAAAGGCCACUGAUAGCACCUCAAUUUGCUAGAGGUGCCGAAAUGGAACAGCGGCGGAAAGCUAGGAUUCAGGCGCGGAACGCUCUUGCAGAGCUGAGAGCCGCCAAUUCGCAGGCGUUAGGAAAGCCGGCUGAAAAUACCACCAUCGACGUAGAGCAAGAGGUCAGUAGCGAGUCGGAUUCGGACAGUGACUUUGGAGACGUCGCUGUCGGGCCCGAUGAAGAAAUAGAUCCCGAAUUUGAAGGCCAAAUUGUAAACUCGGCUGGCUCAGAUGACGGAUCGCUCCCGUCGACAGCGUCUGGUGUCUCGACGUCUUCAGGCUAUCCAGUCCAAACGCGACCAGUACGAAAGCUGAGUCAAGCAGCAGAACAACGUCGACUGGGAACGCAUACAGAAGAGCCAUCUUCCGACGAGGGCAAAGCCUCGACCGCAAUAGAAACCGAUCGACCAUCUCUCAUACCAACCAAGGCCCGAUCCGACGGCCAAGUCAAUCCACCACAUGCAGUUGAACCAAUACGCCCUGGACACCGUACUCGCCCUCCAAGCUUUGAUUCGACUCCCCGCGCGAGCAUCUCGGGCAAAGUGGAACGGCCAGGCCAUCAGUCGCAGCAGUCUAUUGCACUGGAUAUAUACUUUGCACGACGUCCUAUACCUAAGAAACCGGCAAAAUCGCCAACUUCUGCCCUUACAAAAAUGCUUGUAGCACAGGAAGCGGUUACUGACAAUCCCUUCACGGAGUUGUACGGCGCCAUUGCUGGCAGAGGAGACAUGCCUUCUACGACACUCAACAUCUUCUUCCCCGAGUCAAAGAAGCCAUUCUCUGCUUUAGAGCCACCGCUGGAUGAAGGACUCACCGAAAAUGAUCCUCGAAGAUCUACGGUACUUUCUGCGGUGGGCUGGAUAUUGCGAAUCGGAGAAGAGGAUGGUGAAGUAGACGAAGAUUUCCCAGCUCCUGAUCGCGCAGGGAGGAUCUCCAAGUUUUCGUUCCCCGCGUUUGCCAUUUGCAAGGCGACGAAUGCUCAGAUUCAACAGAAUCGGGCUGCAGAAGCAAAGAUUGUUCGUCGUCCAUCGCGUCUUAUGAUAACCAAGAAGAAGGCUCCAGAACCAGCGGCAGCUCAAGCACCAAGCACAAUAACCGGUGUUCCACCCCCAACAGGAGGACUCAGUGUGAUACCUUCUAUGGGGACUAUACCACAGAACUUUGGUGUCUCAUCGUCUGUGGGAGGCGGCGCACAUUCAGGGCCCCCUGUUUUCCUCCGCAUUUGCGUUCCAGAAGACGCAGACGCUGUUCUGCGUUACACUACCAUCAAUGUCACGUCUGAUUGGUACAUGGCGGACGUCCUAGAGCACAUCUGCCGAAGGCGUAAGAUCAAAGACCAUCAGGACUAUACACUCGUAUCUGAGGGAAAGAAAAUCGUCAUACCAAUGGACAGGACAGUUGCGAGUCUACAGGGAGAGACGGAACUCUUGCUCGUCAAAAAGUCGUCCCUCGGGGAGGAUUUCAAAGGGCCGGGACGUGCAACAGAUCCUAAUGCGUCCAUCUUUGCCAAGCGCAUGUCUGAACUCCCAGGUCCUAGUACAGGGCCACCAAUGGACUUUACAGAUGCAUAUCAGUCAUGGGUGGUAUAUCGUAAACUGCCAGUCAUGGUCGGAAGGCUCGAGCGUACGCUUGCCAUUGACGGUGAUCACAUUCACAUCAUGCCAACCGCCAAAGGAUUCUUGGACAAUGUCAAGACGACAUCGUACCGCAUGAGUUCCAUCCAAAGCAUCCGUCGUUCAAAGAAAUCCCACUCCAGUUUCAAGAUUACAGUGGCGCAAGAUGGACCAAGCAAGACUUAUGAGUUUGAGGCAGAGAACGAGGCGACCGCUGAGAUCAUUGUUCAAAGGAUCAAAGCGCUGAUCAAGCCAUUCCAACCGAAGCGAGCGAGCACCUUGCGUCGUCGCUAA